AUGGCCCCUCUGACUGCUCGGAAACUCCACCAGAGGCUUGCCUCCGCUUUGGGACACGACCACUUUCUCGCCGGUCUGAAGGAUUCUGUCGAACGCGUACAUGCCGCUGGCAGCGAGAAUAUAGACCCUGCCCUACUUGCGGCUCACACACGUCGCUGUGACUCCCGCUGCGCGCGUUGCCGAGACGAAAUCGCGACGCUGAAAGCCGACCUCAAUGACCUACUUGGUCAAAAUUCUGCUCUGCUCGACGAGGUCGCCUCACUGCAUGCAACAAUGUCCGAGACCACCCAGUCUCUGAUCGCGAAGACAGACCGCGUCAAGGAUCUAGAGAGGAAGAACCGCCGCUUGACGAAGAAAAAUCGUUCACUCACCGACGACGUGACGGCCGCGGACAAGCGCACGCAGCGGGUGAAGCGCUCGAAGCGUAGCGCUGCAGAUGGGCAUGAAGCGCAGCUGUCUGCACUUCGGACGAAGCUCGACGAUGAGCUAACGGCUCACGCCGCCGACGUAGCGGGUCUCGAAGCUCAGCUGGCCAACAUUACGCACCAGCUCGAAAUAGCCAUCUCGUCGCGCAACCGACUGCGUGGGGCUGCCGCUGCUCAUCGCAGGGACAAGUCUAUCAUGCGGAAGCAGAUCAAGCGCCUGCUGGUCACGCUCCGCAAGGUCAGGACUGUUCUGCAUGAUCUUCAGGAAAAGCUCGUCUUCACGCCAAAGAAGGGACACCAAUACUCUCCGACCUCACGCUGGCUUGGCCGGCAGCUGAUGCGGUAUGGUGUCAAGCCCCACUGGUUGGAUAGCGCCGUCAAGGAUGUCGCUUUCGCUUUCGGCAUCCGUAUCAAGGGCCGCUUCUUGAGCCGCCGCACCGCUGGCGCUGUAAAGCUUGAGCUAGGGAUGUGGUCGCUCCUGCAGCUCGGGAAGGAGAUUAAGGACUGUAUGGCAUUCGUAUGUAGCAGCGACGGGACCAGCCAUAAGAAGAUACAGUAUGAGUCUACCUGUAUCAGUCUCCGCGCUCCUACGUACGAACCCGAUGUGAAUGAUGAAGAUCCAUCUACCUGGAAGCCUGUGACACGAUUUGUUGCUCUUACCAGUGCGCUCCGUCAUACCGCUGAGGCGCAACAGGAGGGGAAGAGAAAACUUGGUGAGAAAAUUGCGGAGAUCUACAACAGCAGUCCGCUCGCACAGGCUGACGGAAAGAUGGAUGGGGACGAGUGGUUGAUUAAGCAGGUUGGGCAAAACAAGGAUCACGCUGCUGACGGCAGAAAGGAGACAACUGCCACUGGGGAAGCGAAGGAGAAGGCAGUCACAAGACGCCUUGAGGAGGAGGAGGCGGCGAAUAUUGACUUCCAGAUGCUGCUUCGCCGGGUCAUGUCGCUCACGCAGCAGGAGAUGCGAGCAGCUGUUGGCGAAGACCGUGCAUUGUCGGAUAUCGGCUAUGAUGAGCGUUGCCAGAUCGCGUUGAGCCUUCUGAAGUCCAAGCUUGGGCAUGACAUGUACUUGCGACUUCACGCUGACCGAUCCCGCCAGGCAUUCCUCACCAUGUUCAUCUUCGGAGGCUGCGGCGCUCACAAGGAUCUUAAUGCCUUCAAAUAUGGUACCGAUGCGAUCAGCAAGCUGUGGAAGUCAAAGACUCUCGCUAGCCCUCAGCCGAUCCUCCUUCCGAACAAGGCAUUUGACGCUGUCAUCAACCUCCCACACGCUGGGGAUAGCGAGGCCCCGUCCUCAUCUGAUGCUCGACUCCUCGCUCUCAGCGCGAGUGCUAGCGGCGGUGUCAAAUGUGCAGCUAUCUGGGGCGCUAUUUUUCGCAACAAGGAUGACAAGAAGGGCUACCAAGAGCACGGUAGGACUCUUGUUCACUCCUUCAAAACCGAGUUGCACGGUUCCGCCUUUAUUAGCUCUGCUAAUAUCGCCGACACAAACAAUACACGCUACCAAUCGCACGGCAAGACCGCUAUUGAACUUGUCACGUAUGACCACGAGUACCGCUCCACGAUCGAGACGAUUUGCCAGGGCAAGACAAACGGUGGCCAGCCGAACCAUAUGGAAGCGCUUGCGUUGCGCGCCUUGGACUUCCGUCAACCUGGAUGGACCUUAUCGCUAUGGGCACACAAGCAUGGCGAACCUCGUAACUUGCUCGAUACGGUCAAGCUGCACCGCCGAAUCCCAAGCUUCUGCGACGAGCUAGGGGACCAUCCCGAGCGCCUCUUCGAUGAGUCGACUUCGUACAAGCAUCAGACCCUGUUUGGAGCCCCUCUCACGGACCGCCAGUUCUUCGCGAAGGCGCGACUUCUGCGGGGGGAACUAGGAGACGACGUCCUGCGCGUAAUAUCAGCUAUGUUCCAUGGCGCCGCGGAUGGAUGGCGACAAUUCACAGCCGAGUUCGCACCUGAUGGCCCUAUCGAUCGCCUCAGCGCCGACCAACGGCGCAUGCUCUUCAUCCCAGCGACGAAUGACCACAACGAAGGCGCUCUUGGCUCGUGGCGCCUAUACAUCCGUCACAAUCCCUGCAGCACACCAGCGACCUUCUCCGCUCUCGAGCGCGCCAAUCGAAAUGACUCUGAGGCCUUUAUCACUAAGGUCUACACCGAAGCGCUCGAGACGUUCGUAAUGCAGAGCGCGCGAAUUCAGGGGGCGAGCGGGGAGAUGAAGAAGUUUAAGCAGGCAUUGGCAGCGCAGUCCCGGGAGAAGGCGGCCGCGCAGGACAGAAAGAGGAAGCAGGCGGAGAAGCGCUCGAAACAGCGUCGGCAGCACCUGGAGAGCGUGGGACUGGAGAUGCGGGAGGACUCUGUCCGGCAUAUGGGCGUGAAGGCGCUUCGGGAGCAACUUGAACUCUAUCGCGAUGUCGUCGGGGACUUGGUGACCAAGAAGCUGAAAUGGUCACUCGAGCUAAAGGGGAAGGAUAAUAUGUUGGCUCAAACCCUUGCGGCGCUCUCGAGAUACAAGUUAUCUGAUGGGGAGGCCGAAUCAGGCGCCGCCGAGUCUCCAGAAGCCCAGCAGGCAUGCCCGGAAGCUAUGGAUGUUGAUCCUGUGCAGGAGGGAGGGCUCGUGAGUGAAGACGAGUGCAUGGGCGAGGACGAAGAGGAUUUGAUGGACACGGAUUUCUUCUAA